AUGUUCAAGGAGUUAUGCACUAAAUUAGGCAUCAAACAGAACAUCUCUAGCACAUUUCACCCCCAAACUGAUGGACAGUCAGAACGUGUCAACCAAGACUUGGAACUGUAUCUUUGGAUCUUUUGCAAUCACCAAGCAACAGACUGGACACAUCACCUGCCGCUAGCGGAAUUUGCGCAUAACAAUAGAUAUCAUGAUGCAAUCAAGACGUCUCUCUUCCAGGUGCUCAUGGGUUACCAACCUUGGCACAAUAUUCCCACUGUGGGAACAACUGAUGCUCCUGAUAUUGCUUCAAGACUUACCCAGUUAGCACACCUUUGCACGGAAAUUCAAUCCAGUAUCCGACUAGCAGAGGAGACAAUCAAGAAAUGCAACAAGGAGAAGUUCGUUGAAUACAAACCCGGACAAAGGGUAUGGCUGGAAGCCACUAACCUCAAAGGACUCCACCCAAAGGCAAAACUUGGUCCAAAACGUUAUGGUCCCUUCACCAUUGAUCAGAAACUGUCAUUAGUUGUCUACCGCUUGAAACUACUGCCCAAAUGGAAGAUUCACCCUGUGUUCCAUACAGGGUUACUCUAUCCUUAUUCAGAAACAACAAUGCAUGAAAAGAACUACCUCCAACCUCCACCGGAACUAAUCAAGAACCAGGAGGAGUUUGAAAUUGAAUGUAUCAUUGAUUCAAAGACUGUUGGCAAGCGAACACUGUACCGGGUAAGAUGGAAAGGAUACCUGGCCUUGGAUGAUUCCUGGUUGCCAAAUACCGAGCUUUCACAUGCCAAAGAUGCUUUGGCUGACUUCCUACAGCCAAAUAAAGAAUAA